ACUGUUUAGAAUAAACGAAAACUAAAAAACAAACACUCGAAGAGUAAUCACUAAGUUAUGGUCGAUAUGUUGCCAUCCUGGGAACAGAUCACACACUAGCUCAUGCGCAGCCGAAUCCACCGGCGAGUGCCAUUGAAAUGUGUAUGAUAUUCGCCUAUUAUCAAUGGCAUGUCUCAAUACUUUCACGCGCGGCGUGGCUCGGCCGGCGGCGCGCGCGCACCCCCUCUGCGCACGCGCCGAACUAUAUAAGCCCGCUCCCGCCCUCAUUUCAACCAGACGCAAGUUGCACUCCAACAUAGCGAUUCCUGGAAGAUACUAGUCUUCCAGCAGCGCUAUAAAUCAAUCUUGAUAUAAAACACAUAUCUAUUUCUUACUCUUUCUCUUUCACUUCUGUGCUAACUACAAAACAAAAAUGAAAUCCAUGAUCGUUGUUGCUUGCUUGGCUUUGGCGUGUGGCGCUCAUGCGUCCGGAUGGGCCGGUCCCCCCGCCAACAUCGCCCUGUCGCAGGACGGACGCAACAUCCUCGACACCCCCGAGGUAGCGCAGGCGCGCGCCGCCCACUUGGCCGCUCUCUCUCAGGCCAACCAGAACAACCCCAACCCCCAGGACGACGGCUCCUACGACCCCCGUUGGGACAACGAAGAGUACUGGCAAGGCGCUGAGCAGAACAAAUGGAACGCGCCCGCUCCUCAGCAAUGGAACGCUCCCGCUCACAACCAGUGGAACGCUGCGCCCGCCGCUCCCGCCUGGAACGCCGCCGGACACGCCCCCGCUCCCGUCGCCGAGACCCCUGAAGUAGCCCAGGCCCGCGCUGCCCACCUCGCCGCCCUCAACGCCGCCAAGGCCGCCCCCGCUCCUCAGCAGUGGAACGCUCCCGCUCACAACCAGUGGAACGCCGCCCCUGCCCACCAGCAGUGGAACGCUCCUUCCCAGUGGAACGGCGCACCCUCGUGGCAGGCUCCCCAGGCCCAGCACCAGCCCGCCAACAUCAGGCUAGCCAACGACGGCUCCGGCAUCCUGGACACGCCCGAGGUGGCCGCCGCGCGCGCCGCGCACCUGGCCGCGCACGCGCAGGUCGCACACGCCGCGCCCGCGCACGCGCCCCAGCAGCACUGGUGAACGCCCUGACUCCUCUCCUCUGGCUCCCUGGACACUGAGCUGGCUCGUGACCGCGGGACUCGCGCUCGUCGCGCGCCAGUUUAUCGUUGAGGCGUCUUCUUUUCCUCCGAUCUCUUCUUCUUUUAGGAAUUAAACAAAGUGCAAGUGCGUCAGCCUAUUCUUUCCUGUGGCUUUUUUGUUACUUUUAUAAGAAAUUUCUAUUGAACGAACUUUUUGUACAUAAUAAAUAAUUUGUAUGUAUGCGUUAAUAACGAAUUAUAUAGAACGGAAAAUA